UAGUUCAAAAUUUCUAACCAAAAAAGUCGGCCUGACUAUUGUUUAAAUAAAUGAAGUAAGAAAACACUUUACUAAUCAAAAAUGACAACUUUAAACAAUCUGUCCCAACGUCUCGCAGUCUCGACUAUUAAACAAACCAUCAGGAAUGUCACAUUUAAAAGGUACUCCACUAGUAUAUCAAACGAAGCUAAAAGGCAGAACGAUCUAUUUGUAGCCGAAAAACAGCGACAGCGUGAAAAUGUAGGCAGAAUUGAAAAAAUAGAAGUGCAAAUUGAAGGACCACCUGAGGCAAAUCUAGUCAUGAAUAAGAAUAUAUCAACACCAUAUGAUUGUGUCAAACAUUUGGGUGAUAAGUUUGUUGACCGUUCAGCUGUGGCACUACUCAAUAAGGAAACACUUUGGCAUAUGCACAGACCUCUGCCAGAUUCAUGCAAGUUAGACUUUUUACAUUAUCAAAUUGCUAACCCAGCAGCUGUUAAUAAAGUCUUCUGGAGAACUUGCAGUUUUCUGUUGGGAGCGGUCGUUUCUGAUGCAUUUAAAGACAAUGUUAAAAUACAAUUGCACAGCUUUCCGAGUCCAAAUGUAAAGUCUGGUAGUUUCGUAUAUGAUGUACAAUUAGAUUUGGACAAUUGGACUCCAACGACUAACGAACUAAAAGUACUCUCAAUAGAAAUGGUAAAAUUCUGUCAACAAGCCCAUCCAAUAGAAUGUUUGGAUGUGGAUAAAGACUUUGCUUUGGAGAUGUUUAGAAAUAAUGUACACAAAACUAAGCAAAUUCCAGAUAUUGCAGCCCACAAUGGUGAUAAAGUGACAUUAUUCAAAGCUGGCCACCACGUUGAUAUUUCCAGAGGACCCAUGGUUGCUAACACUGAUCAUUUGGGCAGGAUAACUGUCUGCAAUGUGUUUAAAUUGGACACAGAUAUUACUGGAGGACCUAUUUAUAGGUUUCAGGGAGUGGCACUUCCAAAAUCCAUUAUCUUAAAUCAUUUUGCCUAUGGUAUUAUUGAGGACAGGGGAAAAAUUUUGAACGGGGCGAGGAUUCCAGGAGCUAAUAGUACAAUAAGUGAAGAUAAUAGUUUUGUAGCACAAGUUGCAGUAUAAUUUAAAAUAAAUGCAAUAUAGCAAUU